AUGAUUUCUGGGCUCUUACCUCUCUCUGGGCGCAUACCCGGACGGCGGCUGGCGUUUAGCCUCCGCGUUCAGCAAUGUAAUCUUCACGUUGACGGUAGGAGCCGUGUUUCAAAUUUCUGGAUUCCUACAGGUGGAAUUUCUAAGAAGACCGUUGAGGGUGAAAAUGAGGAUGCCAAUGACCUGUUAAUCCGAGGUGGCUUCCUCCGACAGGCGAGUGCAUAUUCAGGAGUAUUUCAUCUGCUCCCACUUGGUCUGCGUGUCCAAGAUAAACUAGAGGGUUUGAUUGACAAGCAUAUGCGCUCACUUGGUGCAUCGAAGGUUUCUUUAUCCUCAAUUUCCUCACAGGAACUCUGGGAACAAUCGGGCAGACUGUCUCAAGGCUCAGAAUUCUUUCGAUUCAAGGACCGGAAAGAAACCCCCUUUCUCUUGGCUCCAACUCACGAAGAAGAGAUUACCUCACUCGUGGGCAAUUUAACAACGUCAUACAAAAACCUUCCGCUGCGGGUUUAUCAGAUCACACGCAAGUACCGAGAUGAGGCCCGGCCCAGACAAGGUCUUCUUCGUGGGCGAGAGUUUAUCAUGAAAGACCUUUAUACAUUUGACUACAGUGUCGGCGAGGCACUCAAAACAUAUGAUGCAGUCAAAAAAGCAUACAUAAACUUGUUUGACGAGCUCAAGAUUCCAUAUCUGGUCGCUGCGGCUGAUUCAGGCAACAUGGGCGGUUCGUUAAGCCAUGAGUACCAUUUCAUCAGCCCCAAGGGUGAAGAUGAGGUUGUUAGUUGUUCGCACUGUGACCACGUCUACAACGAAGAAUUAGCAGAUGGCAAGACUCACAGCUUCGAGGAGUCCGAACAGAACACGACACCUGGCUUCCAGACAGAUGAUGCGCCCGUGGAAGGUGGAUCGACAAUCUCAACUGGCAUGUGGAUGGCUAUCUCUGAAGAUAGUAACACCAUCGUGCGGGGCUGGCACCCCAAAUUCUCCAUGCAGAAUGGCGCUACCGAGCCUGUUGAACGCCACGUCAACUCACAUGCCGUGAAAGCGGUCGCUACUGCUGCCGGAAUUGACCUCGACCUAAGCGUGGAGAACCCACUUGAGCGAUGGACUGCCCACGUCAAGGCAAACAAGUCAUCUACACAGAAGCCGCGUGUCCUGGAUCUUUACGACUCGCAGGUUCGAGUAUACCAGCGCCCCCCGCUGAGUGACCUUCUCCAGGAAGUUGGCUGCACAGCCUCGGAUAUUGAAUAUUCCAAGCUGGAUCGAUUCCCCGGAACCUCAAACAAACUCAGUCUUGUUCGCGUCCAUGAUGGAGACCAGUGCUCGCAAUGCGCACAUGGAUCUUUGACUAGCCACUCUGCCGUCGAACUUGGACACACAUUCCAUCUGGGAACACGGUAUAGUGAAGUCCUGAAUGCGUCCGUGUCCGUCAACUCCGCUCUUCUCGAGGCAUCUACUGAUUCUAGUGCCAAAUCCUCUGCAAAGGAACAAAUUGUGCCCAUGCAGAUGGGAUGUCACGGCAUCGGUGUCUCGCGUAUGAUCUCUGCAGUGGCAAACAGUCUUGCUGACUCCAAAGGCCUCAAUUGGCCCCGCGCUAUGGCGCCAUAUGAGGUCGUCGUGGUUCCAGGAAAGGGUCUGGACACUGUUGCGGAUCAGGUGUAUGAUAGUCUUACCGGUGAUGCCUCGGCGCCCAUUGAUGUUAUUCUCGAUGAUCGCCACAAGGGUAUGGGUUGGAAACUUGGGGAUGCGGAUUUGAUUGGAUACCCGAUCAUUGUGGUUGUCGGCAAUGGGUGGAAGAAGAAACAGACGUUGGAAGUGCAGUGCCGUCGGUUGAACGUCAAAGAAGACGUACCCUUGGAUGGUCUGCGCACGUUCAUCGAGUCUUUGUUGACCCAAUUGUGA